AUGUUUUCCACAAAACCAUUAAUGUUUUUUGUUUACCAAGAAAAGAGGGCACAAUGCUACAUUGUGUAUGGAUCGGAUGACAGUCCCGUUGUGCCAGUUUUACUUUACUAUCCAUCGUUCUGCGGGUUUUAUGGUCGUGAAAUGUUGGCUCGUGGAAUAGCAGCGGUGGUUGUCUCGUUUCCUGCAACUGAUAUGACGGAGGGAAGGAUUCGAUUCUGUCUUUCGGCUGCUCACACAAAAGAACAACCUGAUCAGGUCUUGCAAGCAAUGGCUGAAAUCGGUGUGGAGAGUUGGUCCAGUUCGUUUUCCAAAAACAAGAAGGUUUACGAGAAUAUGAAUAUUCAGUGG